AUGGACUUAUUCAACUCCGCUCUUGGCAAAAACAUCACCUUUGUGCGUCCUGCAUAUUUUAUAAUAAGUGGAUUCAUUGGAAUACCUAAUGUCAUGUAUUACUAUAUCUUUCUCUUUUUUGUUUACAUUAUUUCAGUGGUGGGAAACACAGUUGUGAUGACUGUAAUUUACUUGGAUCAUAAUCUGUGGACUCCAAAAUAUAUAGUAGUUUUUAACCUGGCCUUUACAGACCUGUUUGGUACCACUGCUUUGGUUCCAAAGGUCCUUGACCUCUUCCUGUUUAACAAUAACCACAUAUCCUACAGCGACUGCUUGACAUUCCUUUUCUUCUGCUAUGUCACCCUGUCAAUGCAGGUUCUUAAUCUGAUUGCACUCUCCUAUGACAGACUGAUUGCUAUUACUUACCCACUGCACUAUCAAGUGAGAGUGACUCACAGGUUCAUGUUUUCUUUGAUUGCUUCUUUUUGGCUCUUUGCCAUUGCUGUGUGCCUCACGGCAGUCGGCCUCCUCACAAGACUGUCCUUCUGUAAGUCUUCUGUGGUUGUUAACAGCUAUUUCUGUGACCAUGGUCAGAUAUUCCGACAGGCUUGCAAUGACAAAACACCCACAAGUGUCUUUGCUGUAUUUCUAAUAGUUAUUCUUAUUUGGCUUCCAUUGAGUUUCAUCUUGGGUACUUACGUGUGUAUUGUCUUUGCUUUGACUAGAGUGGCAACAGCUCAGGAAAGAGUGAAGGCCCUUAAAACCUGCACAGCUCAUAUUUCACUGGUGGCCAUCUAUUUCAUUCCAAUAUUAAUCACAUUUACAUUGGGAAGAAAUAUUCAUCCAAAUGGCAGGAUUAUUAACCUUUCUCUGACCUCUGUAUUUCCUCCCAUGUUAAACCCAAUUGUUUAUGUUCUGCAGACACAAGAAAUCAAAACAUCACUGAGAAAGCUUUUAAAGAUCACAAAACAAUCCAAGAUUUAUGUGAGGAAAGUACUGAUUACAUGA